AUGGGCAGAAGCCUCUUUUCUCCGGCCCAGAACGGCAUCUCCGUGGCUCUCGAGCUCCCAGUCCCAGGGCGGCGGCCUCGUCGUCGUCGAGCAGCAGUGCGGAGUGAGGCCACCUCGCCUGGGAACCCUAACCUCCCAUUCCCCAAUCCACUCCCCUCCCCAUCUCAUCCGUUUCCCGCGGUCUCGACGGGACGCGGUGGAGUGGCGACCCGCCGCAGCCGGCAUACGGCGGAGGCAAGGAGUCAGAGCGGCGGCAGCGGCGAGCAGAGCAAGCACCGAGCUGGGCAGCAGCAAUUAGUUGAAGACUUAGGACAUGACGAAGAAACAGAAGACAAUGGAUUUGAAGUCUAUGUGGGAAAGGUUCUUGAAGGUUUGAAUCAUGAGAAGUGCUUUAGUAAAUGGGAUGAUCCUGGUCGGGGAUUUCAUUAUAAAACUUGCUUACAAAUUUACAUACUGUAUCCCACCAUUAGAAGUGUUCUCAUCAUGAUUGGAGGAGACCGUACUCACGGUGCAGAGGCUGUCAAUGCUCGAAAAAUGUUGAAGAAUGUAUUGGGAUGCACAUAUACCUUAAAUAGAUGUUUGCAAAUGAGAGACUCUUUUAUGGUCAAUGGCAUUGAACUCAUUGAUACUACAAAGGAACAGUUAGAAAUAAUGCAAGGGAAUGAUGAAUGGGUAAAUUUUCUUAAAGAUGUCACUACUUUUUGUGCGAAGCAUGGCAUCAAAGUCCCUAGCAUGGAUGAUAUUUAUGAGCCAGUUUUAAAACCAAAGGGGUUCUUGAGAAAAGUCAAGAAUCUCCAACAUUACGGUGUCGAAAUUUUGACAAGCAUCCUUGAUAGAGCACUUCAAGAGUUAAAUGACAGGUUUGAUGAGAUGAACACAGAUUUUCUUCUUAGCAUGGCAUCACUAGAUCCAGCAAAAUCAUUUUACCCGUAUAACAAGGACAAGUUACUUAAACUUGCUAGGUCUUAUCCUGAGGACUUCUCAAGAUUUGUUGCAUCUUCCAAGCCAUCUUACACGGAUCAGAGCAAGCUGGAUGUGCCCAUUGCUCUUACUCCAGAGAACUACCUGUCAAGAAAUGAUGCUACUCUUGGUGGUUCUUUAAUCAUUCACAUUGUCAAGUCACUAUCUUUUCUGAACAUUGAUAGUAGCUUUUGGAUCACGGUGCUGAUUUGGCAGGCAAAAAUUGUCGACAUCCUCUUGUUUAUGGUGAUGGUCACGUUUGAGAAGCACAUUGACCUGUCAUUGGCCAGCCCAUUCAGUGGCGGUCCCCCUGUUAGGGUGAAACAAGCCGAAGUGGGCAAAUUGGGCGGUAGCUGUGCCGGUGGUGAGGAAGAAGAUGAGGAAGGACUAAUGAUAAGAUAA